UUUAAGGCGAGGGGGCGUGUCGACGAGGGGGUCGUCCCGUGCGUUUGAAUAUACAGUAGUUCGGCAGGGCUGGAACACGGUUGCGUCGGAUGUUUUUUUAGCCUAACGAGGCGCACACGGAGGGGCGCUGGGUCUGUAGCCGUCGCAAAACGCUCCUGGGCCGGGUUCCCAUGUAGCAUUUGUUCGCUAGCCCUUUAGCUAGGACGCCGCUUCCGCCCGUCGCGUGCUCAUACAAACGAGCGAAAGGGACCUAGCUCUCUCAACGGGAACAUGGACUUGCACAUACUGGACCACAGGCUGCGGGUCACCAGCAUAUCCAAAAGCGGGCUGGUUCAUUUCACGCACCCGCUCAUAAAGCUCAUAUUCCUCCGCAACAGGACGAGAUGUAAAUUUUUCAGCCUGACUGAAACACCAGAAAACUACACGGUCGUCCUUGACGAGGAAGGAUUCAAAGAGCUGCAGCCGUCAGAACACCUCCAGGUGGAGACCUCCACCUGGCUGCCGCUCAACGUGGUUUCCAACGGCAACGUCUCCAGCAGCUCGCAGGCGGUGGGCGUGACCAAGAUCGCCAAGUCGGUCAUCGCCCCCCUCGCCCAGCAGCACGUCUCCGUCUUCAUGCUCUCCACGUACCAGACCGACUUCAUCCUGGUGAAAGAGAAAGAUCUGUCGGUGGUCAUCAGCACCCUGGAGGAGGAGUUCAACAUUUACAAAGAGGUGGAGGGAGAGUCGGUCCCCGUGGGCUGUCAGGAUGUUUCCAACGGCCUCCAGAAGAACGGCAAAGAAGCCAUCCGGCCCACGGUCCACCCGGUGCUGAUCCCGCAGAACCAGUUCUGCGUGAUGUCCCUGGACCCGGACACGCUGCCCGCCAUCGCCACCACCCUCAUCGACGUCCUCUUUUAUUCCAACGGCCCCAAUGAAGACACCCAGUCGUCUCCAAGCAAGGACUGUAUCAAAUUCUUCUCCUUCUCCCUCAUUGAUGGAUACAUCUCACUGGUGAUGGACACUGAGGCUCAGAGACAAUUUCCUGCCGACCUUCUGUUCACCAGCUCCUCCGGGGAACUGUGGAGAAUGGUCCGCAUCGGGGGACAGCCACUGGGCUUUGAUGAGUGCGGUAUCGUGGCCCAGAUUUCUCAGCCCCUGGCCGACUGCGACAUUUCCGCCUAUUAUAUAAGCACCUUCAGCUUUGACCAUGCUCUGGUUCCUGAGGAGGACAUCGUGAGUGUGACGGACAUGCUGCAGCACCACAGGAAAGAAGCAGCCACCAGCUGAUUUCUGAAGUAGGAACUGAGCCUGGUGAUCCAUUCUCAGUAUCUCCGGCUACACCUAUCCCCCCCCGGGAUGGGAGGGGGGGGGGUAGCGAGCUGUUAGCAAAGGGAGGCUAACUCUGUGCCUAGAUUAGCACUGCAUCGCCAGCAGUAUUAACUACUAAGAACUCGCCAUGAACACCACAAGGUUUGCCUACGAUUUUUUCCCGUCUUGGCGGGAAAUACCAAGUCCCCCGAGGGGGGGGGGGUCCCCAAGCACAUCCCCUCGCGCCCCGAACCCCACCUCCAGACACAAAACCCGCUUUCUCCAAUAUUCAAGCAGGAGGUCGGGCAUAAAAAUACAAAAAAAAAAAACGUUUACAUGUGAGGAUGUGAAGUAAAAUCUUUCAAAUUGAGCCUCCUGCAGCAUCCCACCCUCACAUCCCACGUUAAGAGUGAGACCGAUGCUGGAAUUCAGGAUACGUCCUCCAGUGUAUGAGUGGGACAUGUUUCUCGUUGUUCAAUUGACCCAAAAUGACUAAUUUAUCAUCUGUCUGCCAAUACCUGACCCAGCCAUGACUGAAUCCGCUUUGAGAGGUGUGAGCAAAAUGUAUAUAGAUUCAUAACAAUACAGAAUGGGUUCCUCAACUCAGAUUAGGACUCUUAACUCCUCUGCUUCGUUUUUGUUUUUUUCCCUUUGUCGUAGUACUCAAACUUCUAACUCCAAGAGACGGGAAAUAGAAAAAAAAGUUUACGAAAUAGUUCAAGUUUUGCAGAAAUGUGUUCCUCACUCAUUUCGAUAGUUUCUCUGAUCUUUGCACGAUCUGGUCUUGGUAUUAAAUGGUGUGAAAGGCUUGGAACAAUUUCCAUCCGUCUCGAUUGUUUUCCACUUGUCGAAUGGCCUGAUGGAAGCAGUUAGGGUUGCCAUAGUGAUUUCCCUCUGCUCCUUCAUCGUGGGGGGGCUUUAACCAAAUGGCCCCAUUGAAGUAAAAAGUAUUUUCUCCUGCAAAAACAAAGAUUAAGCUAACAGUAUUUAAUUAUUUUUCAGGGAAAUUUUUAAAGAUUUCAGCCUUUGACCCAUGUGUAAGUCAUAUACUAUCAGUUUUGCAAUGUCAUCUUUUUUUUUUUUCUUUUAUUCAAGACAGUACACAAAAGAGGCACUUUCAUUUAAUUUUUCUAUACUUUUAAUACGCCAAACUGUUUUCUUUCUGUCGAACUUAAACAUGUAGCUUAAUAUCAAGGUCACGUGAGAUCUUACCCCCCUGAAUGGUUUUCAUGCAAAAGAAAAAUAAAAAAAGGGGCAUAUUUUUAGGGAGGCUUUCACUUACUUACAGAUUGUUAUAAAUGUAAGACUUUGUUUUGUUAAAGGUCAGCAUUUUCUUACCGGAACGUUAUACAAGGUCAAUAACACUACGUCUUAUUUUUUUGUUAUUUGCACAGUAAACCUUUGGAUUUAGUGAAUAUCACAUAGAUGUUUUCUUUUGGUACAGUUCUAUUUUCUACAAUCGGAAGCAUUCUGUAAGCAUUUGUUCAUUUUGUGCUGCUUCGUUCAAUUAAAAAGCUGAUAAACCUUGAAAGGACACGGCUGCUUUUUGUUUUUUCUGAACAGAUAAGUUCUGGAAUGAUUUGCGGUUGUCAGCGGUAACUCCUGCCGACUAUCUCA